CUUGCGCGCCGCCAAUUCGGCAUCACGCAGCGUGACGAGAGCGAGCGCCGUACGGGAAAUAAACAGAGUGCGGUGUGUAGUGGUGGCAAGAGCGCGCGUUUAACGAUGUCGUCGCCGAACAAGAAAGCCAAGGAGCUGGAGGAUCCAGGCUCUGGCGAGGGGGAUGCGCAGGAUUUCAUACGGAACAUCGAGAUACAGAAAACCCUGGAGGAGAUCGACGGUUGUCAGAAUCAAAUCGAUGGUCUCAACGAGAAGGCCAGUGACGAGAUCCUCGAGGUCGAGAAGAAGUAUAACAAGCUGCGAAAGCCCUACUUCCAGAAGCGUAACGAUAUCAUCAAGAGGAUACCCAACUUCUGGGUCACUGCGUUUGUAAACAACAAAGAAAUAGCAGAAAUAUUGGAAGAGGAUGAGGAGGAUGUCUUGAGAUAUCUAAACAAAUUGGAAGUCGAGGAGUUUGAAGACAUCAAAUCUGGCUAUAGAAUUAAUUUUUAUUUUGACAAAAAUCCAUAUUUCGAUAAUGAGGUUUUAACUAAGGAAUUCCACUUAGGGUCUUCUGGAGAUCCAGCAUCUCAAAGUACACCUAUCUGUUGGAAAGAGGGCGUGGACUUAACGAAGAAAGCAAAGACCAAAGCGCCAUUAAAAGGACGCAAGAGACCACUCAAGCACAGAUCAUUCUUUGACUGGUUUACGGAUCAUGGUGAUCCAAGCUCGGACGAGAUAGCUGAAUUAAUUAAGGAUGAUAUGUGGCCUAAUCCACUGCAGUAUUACCUUGCACCAGAUAUAGACGUCGAAAAUGGCAUUGAAGGUGAUGGUGAGGAGUGUGAAAGUGAAGAGGAAGAAGAGGAAGAAGACGGCGCAGAUGACGGUGACGAAGGAGGAGAAGGGGGAGAAGGUGAAGAAGGAGAUGACAGUAUAGUGGUAGUCGAGGACGAUGUUGAUGAGGAUGAUGAAGAGGAAGAGGAGGCUGUGAAUGACGAAGACGACGGUGUAAAUGAAGAGGAUGAUCUGUUGGGAGAAGAUGAAGUGGAGCGCGAAGAUGGAGAAGAACCUGAAUAGAGUCGACAUUCACUGUGAAAGAAUGAAUGGAAUGAAAUAUACCGAAUCAAUCAAUCGAGAGCAGAGAAAGUCUACUAGACUGAAAGAUAUGCCAUAUGAAUAAAUCUCAGGACACACUUUUUGAAUAUAUGAAAAUAGAAAGGCAGAAUUUAGAAGAUCUAGACUCUUUCGAUUGAGAACCUACAUAUGUAUAAAAAUGCAACAUUUGUUAAGAUAUAUUGAAAGUGGUUUGAAAGGAAAGGGUCUGGAUUAAAUUAGGUAGGCUCCACUCUCGCACGAAAAUUGUAUCAGAACAUAACACAAACUCCUCAGUUAUAUUCAUAUGGCCUAGUCGUUCUCUUAAUAAAAUAUGCGACAGAAAAUGUCUGACCUGGUUCUUAAUAUUGCAGAUUUUACCGAUAAGUUAGAGUAUAAUAUGAGACGAGAUUUCAGGUGAAGUAAAUUCAAUUUACUUGCUUUUUUCAUAAAGUUUUUCGUUAGAUAUGAUUUCUAGAACGAGGUGUUUGAGUAGAAUUUUUGAGAGUGACAAUUAUGUAUCUACUUUCGCACACAAAAAUUUUUACAUAACUAUACUGACCUUUGAAUGAAAUACAAAUAAUGGACUGAGGAUUUUUUUUAAUCCUCUGUUGAAAUUCACUUGACUUUUAUUUUACAGUUGAUGUUGCAGAUAAUACCGCACAUAAUGAGAUCUCCCCAUUUUACAAUAAAUUAAUAAACUCGUCGUUCGAUAUAGUUUUCCAAUGAUUUUCGAAAGAUGCGUAUUAUUAUUUUUCAUAUGUUAUAUUAAUUGUAUAAAACGCUAUGAUUAUUGAUGUUAUAUCAAUGUUAUAAGAAUUAAGUCACAAUAUAAUACUGCUCGCGAAAAAUAUGCGAUUCUCAAAAUCUAGAGAGGCUGUAGUGAUUGGCAAUUUACUGAUUCAUAAAUCAGUCUGGAUCAUUACGGUUUUACGAUUAUAUAUAGAAGAGAGCAUAGUAAAGAUUAAUACAUGUAUAAAAAUAUCAUGAAUAUCAAAAGGAUAAUUUAUAUUCGAAAAUGCAAUUAUUAUUACAUUUUUAUUUGAUCUUUUAUUUGAUAUAUAGUUCUAUGUUGCAUGUAACGUUUACAAGAACUGAUCUCAUUCAAGCGGCGUAAUAAUAUGUUGUCGCGCACAAUCUUACGCUCAAACGCUCGUUGACACAUUCUUCGAUGGAAGAUUGCGACGCGCGUAAUCGUAUAUCUUAUUAUUCACAGAGAUGUGUUGUAUCUUUCACUAAUUCUCCGUGAGAUGACAAUAUACGAUAAUCUAGAAAGUAUAUUCUUUAAUUUAGUACGUUAUUAUUAACAAUGGCGCUUUUGGGACUUGUCACGCUCAAAAAAGCAUUCUCUAAUCUUACUUCACCUCGUUCAUGUUCUUCCAUACUCUUUGUAACGACGCAGUUUACUCAUUGUCACGUGAAGUAAGUGUUUCGUGAACAUUUCUCACAUUUGAUACAUUACGUAGUUCUAUAAUGGUGAUUUGACUUUACAAGAUUAUCGUAUGUCGAAGGUGGAGUCAACAUAGGUAGCUCGGAGAAACGAUGCUCUUACCAUCUCGAUAGGAAGAAAACGAUACGAACUGUUGACUGCACACUUGCAUGAAUGAACAGAAUCUCAUUGUUACCUAGUAUUCCGUGAAGCUAGGAAGGAAGAAACAAGUAAUAAUCCUCGAGUAGAAAGUAAUAAUCCUGGUCGAUUUUAUAAAUAAUUGUCUAACUUUACAACAAAGUACAACAGCGAUAUUUUUUAAUCGGACGUAUGUCCUUCUCUCUUUCUCACUUAUUUCUUUUUUUUUUUUAAUACGAUUCUGUCAGUAUUUAUUAGAUUAGUACGUGUUCCCGCUAACAUGUAUGAGAACAAAAAUAUUGUCAAAAUUAUAGAAGUAAUGAGACCAAUAAGAUUCGUAUUUUACCAUUA